CGUUGAGUGCCCGCCCCCUACGUUUAGACCGCGGAUUUUUGAAAAUAACGACCUGCGCAACAGCAAGACGUAAAUCUAGAGUUCUCUUCAAAACAUAUUCAUAACAAAGCACCGUGAUGUCCAUCACUGACCCAAACAUGAGCGAUAGGUUUACAAGUGCAAUGGAGGAGAUCCACAACAAGGAGCUUAAAACAUACACAGACAUAAUAGACACAACGGCAGAGUUGGCCCAAUCCCACAGGCAGUUUGUGAAGUCAGCAAUUGAUACGUGUUUAAAGAAGUGUAAGGAUGAUGACAUAUUGUUUGAAACAAUACAGACAUUCAAAAAAGACCUCGAACGGAAAAAAGUGGCUUUAAAAGAGAAACGACAGGCAAUAUCUGAAGUGAUAUCUGAGAUUCAGGAGAAGGAUAUGCAGAAAGAGGACAUUAUCCAGAAGAUUGAGAAGCUUAAAGAAGAACAAACCAAGAGAAAAGAACUGAUUGAAUCUCAAUACAAAGCAAACAAAGACAGACUGAAGAAUCUCCAAAAAGCCAGACUCGUCUUUCAGGAUCAUCUGGGGUUGGAGGUACGAACAAUCCUCGGCAAAACACAGCUGGUUAAAGGUGAAAAGUUGCAGUUUGUUUUUCGAAACAUCAACCCCUCUGAUCCAGACAGCGCCUAUGUCAUCACGAUGGGGAUUAAUGAAAGCGGAUCAUACCAGAUUGUCUCCAGUGACCCCGUGCUCAAGUGUUUGCCAGCCUUGGAAAAGCGACUUCAGGAGACCAAUAAUUUACCAGCAUUCCUGGCAAAUGUGAGGAAGGAGUUUAUCUCUCAGACGCGUCGCUAAAAUUGAACGCAGGGAAGGAUGAAAAGCACGCAGUGACAUUCUCCCUGCAAUUUGGACUAAAGAAAGCACAGUGGAUUCAAUGGAGUAAUCAGUGGAGGAUUACAAAUCUUUAAAUAAAAAGUCAACUUCAGGACUCUUAGAUUUGAAUUUCAAAUACUCUUUUGUACUCAGUAGCUAACACGUGUGAAUUCUUCUUAUUAAAAAGAUUAAGUUUCUUUUUUUGGCAUCAUUUCAGACGAGUUCUUGUUGGAGAUAAGUAUAUGAAUUUAAGGAGCGGGACCACGCCAGUCCCCUUCGAGGCCUUGCUCAAACCGCAGCUCAAUGAAUGUCCAAGCCGUUCACCUUUAUCUACGAUAACGCUGUCAAACCUAAAAUGAGGACGUGGGCCCAGCGAGUGAAUUGACAUUUGGACAACUGCUUACCUUUUAAUCCUGAAUAAUAAGGAACUGACCACUUAAACAUUGAUGUAAACAGUUUUAUUUUAUUUGUUUGUUACAAAUCUCUUUUUUUACGCGUGCUACAGACAUCAAUGAUGUAAUAAAGCACUUCUUUAUUAAAGCCUCGUGUUAGUCGACCUUGUAUCGAGUGUAAUAUAAAUUAUGAAAAAACUUGUUAUUUGAUAUUAGUGUUAUGUUCAACUUUAAUCCUAGGAGCAUUACAAAAUACCCAGGAGGCAGUGUUAAGAUGCUGAAUGUACAUCUCACUUCAUAAAUAUACAAGAACUGAAUGUGACAAAUGUUGAAUAAUUAACCAAAUUAAAAUCGGUGCAUACACAGA